CUCGAUUAUUAUACCCUUCUCUCUGUACAACCCAGCGCUUCCUCCGCGGAUAUCAAAGCUGCAUAUCAUCAUGCCUUGCUGAGCCUUCAUCCCGAUCGUAAUCAAACUGCUUCUAGACUCUCAUAUCAGCUCGAUGCUCCUCGCGCUUCAGUCGAUAUUGGGCGAAUCAAAGAUGCAUAUCGUACUUUAUCCGACCCCGACUUGCGAGAAUCAUACGACGCUGCACUACGAUUCCAGAAAGGAGAGGGGGUUGCAGGAAAGCCGAGGCCGGCGCAAGUAGUUUCUCUAGAAGAAUUCAUGGAGGGUGGAAGCGAAGGAUGGACACAUGCUUGUCGAUGCGGGGGAGUAUAUCGAAUUGGAGAAGUUGAGAUGGACAGAGGACAGCAUCUGGUAGGGUGCGGAAGCUGUUCCGAGGUCAUCUGGGUAGGAUAUGAAGUUAUCGAGAGCGACGAUGAAGAGAGCAUCACUUGA